AUGACAGCGCAAGUUGCUCGACGGCACGGGUUGAUCGUCCAAGAUCAUCCACAAAGGACAAUGCGUACCGGCUCGCAAUACGGAAGUGAAACUACUACAAUGUCAUUGUUUUCGGUCAACUACGAUCUGAGAAAUGCUUCAUCGGUCAAACCCGAGGCGCAAUUGGUGGCUCGAGAUCCUUAG